CGGAGCUAACUGCGAGUGCAGAGCGGGACAUGGAGGAACGCGGGUCACCCGACGGGGACCCCGCGCGGAGCCUGGAGCCGGGACCAGAGGGGCCGGAAACGCCCAUCCAAGUAGUGCUCAGGGUGCGGCCCAUGAGUGCGGCCGAGCUGCGUCGAGGGGAGCAGAGCGUGCUGCGCUGCUCAGGGACCCGGACUCUGCAGGUGAGCCCCCCGGGCGGGGGCCCCGAGGUGGCGUUCCGCUUCGCGGCGGUGCUGGACGGGGCGCGCACGCAGGAGGACGUGUUCCGGGCGUGCGGCGUGCGGCGCCUGGGCGAGCUGGCGCUGCGGGGCUUCUCCUGCACCAUCUUCACCUUCGGCCAGACCGGCUCCGGCAAGACCUACACCCUGACAGGACCCCCGCCCCAGGGGGAGGGGGUGCCCGUACCCCCCAGCCUGGCUGGCAUCAUGCAGAGGACCUUCUCCUGGCUGUUCGACCGCGUGCAGCACCUGGGUGCCCCUGUCACCCUCCGCGCCUCCUACCUGGAGAUCUACAAUGAGCAGGUUCGGGACUUGCUGAGCCUGGGGUCUCCCCGGCCCCUCCCUGUUCGCUGGAACAAGACCCGGGGCUUCUACGUGGAGCAGCUGCGGGUGGUGGAGUUCGGGAGCCUGGAGGCCCUGAUGGAACUCCUGCAGCUGGGGCUUAGCCGUCGAAGGAGCUCGGCUCACACCCUGAACCAGGCCUCCAGCCGGAGCCAUGCCCUGCUCACCCUCUACAUCGGCUGCAAAACUGCCCAGCAGAUGCCUCCUGUGGGCCCCGGGGAGCCCCCCGUCGGUGGGAAGCUGUGCUUUGUAGACCUGGCCGGCAGUGAGAAGGUGGCAGCCACAGGAUCCCGUGGGGAGCUGAUGCUUGAGGCCAACAGCAUCAACCGCAGCCUGCUGGCCCUGGGUCACUGCAUCUCCCUGCUGCUGGACCCACAGCGGAAGCAGAGCCACAUCCCUUUCAGGGACAGCAAGCUCACCAAGUUGCUGGCGGACUCCCUGGGGGGACGUGGGGUCACCCUCAUGGUGGCCUGCGUGUCCCCCUCAGCCCAGUGUCUUCCUGAGACUCUCAGCACCCUGCGAUAUGCGAGCCGAGCUCAGCGAGUCACCACCCGGCCACAGGCCCCCAAGUCCCCUGUGGCAAAGCAGCCCCAGCAUUUGGAGACUGACAUGCUGCAGCUCCAGGAGGAGAAUCGUCGCUUGCAGUUCCAGCUGGACCAAAUGGAACGCAAGGCCUCAGGGCUCCAUGGCACCCAGAUGGCCUGGGCCCAGCGGAACCUCUAUGGGAUGCUACAGGAGUUCAUGCUGGAGAAUGAGAGGCUCAGGAAAGAAAAGAGCCAGCUGCAGAGUAGCCGAGACCUGGCCCGGAACGAGCAGCAUGUCCUGGCCCAGCAGGUCCACGAGCUAGAGAGGCGCCUCUCUGCCUGCCACCGCCACCAGCCGGGCCCUGGGCCAGCCCCACCGUGUCCCUGCUUGAUGGUACCAGCUCCCUCCUGCCAUGCACUGCCACCCCUCUGCUCCUGCCCCUGGCGCCACCUCUGCCCGCUGUGCCAAGCGCCCCUGGCCCACUGGGCCUGCCCGUGGAGGGAGCGCCAUCUGCAGCAGGUGUUGGGCCCUGAGGCCCCAGGCAGCAGGCCGCUGUCUGUCCGGCCCCCACCCUGGGCACCCCCGUGCAGCCCUGGCUCUGCCAAGUGCCCAAGAGAGAGGUGGGCCCAGCCCCGGGGCACUGGGGUGGGGGAGGAGGAGCCUGGGAACUCACAGGCUCACUUGCCGCCACCCAACUCACCCUGGCCCAGGAGCCACAGCGACUGGACUCAGACCCGAGUCCUGGCAGAGAUGCUGACCGAGGAGGAGGUGGUACCCUCUGCACCCCCCCUGCCCGCGGGGCCUCCAAACACGUCCCCAGUGCUGAGAGGUGGGGCUGGGGUCCAAAACCUGGCCCAGAGGCUGGAGGCCCUCAGAGAGCAGAUUGGCAGUUCCCUGCGACGUGGCCGGAGCCAGCCGCCCCACAGCGAGGGUGCACGGAGCCCAGGCCGGGUCCGCCCUCCCUGCUGAAGGCAGAGUGGAGACCCAGAAGACUGCUGUGUGACCUCAGACUGGGCUCGGCGCCUCGCGCUCUGUCUCCCCAUCUCCUGCAUGGGGGAGCAGCUUUCGGGGGAGCAAGGGGAGGGUGCUGCCCCAGACCACGAGACGCGAGACUGGAAUCAGGAGAAAGCUGGCAGCAGGUGAUGAAAUACAUGAAUAAACAGAGGCUUCAGCUCUA